UGCCCACUUUUGGGUCAGUCAUCAACAAGACAGCAGAGAGGGUGGAUGUGUCUCUCUGUAUCUCCGCUCCCUCAAGACGAACUCUUCUUUUGUUGUGUUUAAAUCUCUCUUUUUCUCUCUCUCUCUCACCAAUAAUUUACUUAAUGCCUCUCUUUUGCAUAGUGUCGCCUACACAGUGAACGUAGGUAUGGGAGAUAAACCAGUUAAAUGAUAAACGGAGGAAUUCAUUCUCAGAGACAAUGGUUCAACAAGUGGGAAUUUGGAUGCUGGUAACCUGAAAAUUUGAAGUGACUCUAUGACCCAUAAGGGUUUAGUGCGGGCUUUUUCGAUACAAUAGCUUGUGCUGGCAGCCUUCACCUCACUAUGGAUGAGAAAUAUACGCCGAGAUUAUUCCUCGCACUUCUGGCUCUCCUCAGCCUCCAGAACGGUCACGCUGCCUCGGUGGGAUACGGCCGGUUUGUUAAAAAAAAAGAUGGGGCCCAGGGCCUACACAUCACGAAGGUGGGAGUACCAUCGCCCGUAGCAGUGGGCGAUAGUGGGUGGCUGGAGUGUGAGUUCGUGGACGAGGGGGAGAGUAUCUACGCUCUCAAGUGGUACUUGGGCCUCGACGAGUUCUACCGCUGGACACCCGCUGAGAAUCCCCCAGUGAAGACUUUUCCUGUGAGGGGCGACCCGCUGACGGUGGACACGGCGGCGUCGCAGAGGGGCAAAGUAAGGAUCCAGGGAGUGACGCUUGCGGCGGCGGGGGUCUUCCGCUGCGAGGUGUCAGCAGAAGCUCCAUCCUUCCACACUGAAUCUGACGUCUCGACCAUGACUGUUGUGGACUUACCUGACGAAGAGCCGGUGAUCAGUGGAGCCCGGGCCAGCUACCAGCUACACGAGGAUGUCAUCUUAAAUUGUUCGUCUCCCCGCUCCCAGCCUCCUGCUACUCUCACCUUCUAUAUCAACGAUGAACAGGCGGACCCGGGAUGGCUUAUUCCCUACCCGCCACUAGAAGAUAGCCAGACCGGCUUGGAGACCGCGGUCCUUGGCCUACGCUUCCCGCUGCGUCCGCGCCUGCUCUUCCGGCGGGGAGCCGUCACCGUCAAAUGCACAGCCUCCAUCCUCAAUCUCUACUGGGAUAGCUCAGAGAUCUUCAUUCCAGCUGACGUUCCCUACCACGCCUCCAUCAUGGAGGGUCGCGCUGCUGCUGCUGCUGGUAGAGGAUAUCCAGCGACGGUGUCCAGUGCCCUCACUGUGGUAGCCGUAGGGCUCCUUCCUCUGCUACUGCUACACUAGGGACUUUCAACCCAUGAUACCCGAAUACACAAGGAACAGAAGGCAGCUGGGACAUACGAUUAUUCUGCUGCUUUCAAUUCCCUACGGAUGAUGGGGCUGUAAGCUACUUGGCCAAACAAAUCUUCUGCUCGAGGCUCAGUCCACGUUCAUCGAACUAGACACACGUCUUUUUUUUUUUUCUUGCAUUCCAGAUUUCCUAAUGGGGAAAAAUGGUAGUUUGAACAGGUGCAGAACUUUAACGAAUGUGCAAUUGAAUAUACAUUCCCGAGUGUUUUACCGCAAAUAACAACAACGUAACAUAAACUAUUACUUUUUUAACCCGAAACUUUUAAAAAAGUAUGCGAUUGUUAAAAUGCAGGUAUUAAAAGCGGGAAAGCAAAGAGUACCCAUAACUCUGUGUCGUCCAGAGCUGUUGAUAUCUAAAUGUUUCUUAAACCGCAAGAUUUCACUUCAAGAGAAAAAGUGGGUAAGACAGACCUUGAUACUGGAAGUGGCAGCUAUUGUCACUCUAUGACAACAAUAGCUUCCCAUGUAUUGCCUCUUUUUCUACAGUCACAUCAACACUGCUCAUAGUUGUGAUUUUUUUUUAAAUAAGAGAAAAGUAUAUGUUAAUUUGUUUCGCUUCUUAAAUUUAUUACGAGAAUGAGUUGGCGACGAGCCUUGACAAGCAAAUAAUCUUCAGUUACUCAGAAACAUCUACUUAUUGUUUAUCUUGCGCAUCUUACAGCUGCAGUGUUGUGCAGUGAAGUCAAUGUACAUUAUCCUGGUGAAUCCCAGAUCUUAGUCAUAUUUUUUACUGACAAAUAUGCCCUCUCUUUUUAUAUGUAUAUAUAUAUGCUGGAAUGUAAGUUAAGUGUGUGAACCACCAACAAU